AUGUUUAGGCCAAGACAUAUGAGCGAGAGCUAUACGAGUUUUGAUCUGCCAUUGAAGAGUGAUCCCGAGCUGUUGGAGCGGUAUGUGAAUGCGAUGGGGGGUUUCCGUAUGGGCAAGCUGCUUGAACAUAUGGACAGCUUGGCCGGAGCAGUGAGCUAUCGGCACGUCCUACCGCCCCUCGAAGCGGCGCCUUCCGAUGCUUCCAAAGCCUUUCAUUCUGCUUCAGCACGAGCGGGUCUCUUCCUCGCUACCGCAAGCGCAGACAGGCUGGACAUGCUAGGGCGGAUGAAUCGGGAUAAUGUUCGGGACCUGAAAUUCUCCGGCUUCGUCACUUGGACCGGCAACUCAUCCAUGGAAGUAGUCGUCAAGAUGCAAGGCGCCCGCGCUGGCGCAGCGCCAACAGGGAGCAGUAGCGAGGAGGACUGGGAGACCUUGAUGCUCGGGAGAUUCGCGAUGGUGUGCCGGAAUGCCAAGACGCUCAAGGCGCGCAAAGUGCCGCCAUUAUUGGUCGAGAGCGAGGAAGAGAAAAUGUUGUGGGAUCUUGGCGAAGACUAUCAGAGGAGACGGAAGGCGACUAGCAAGAUCUCGCUGGACAAGGUCCCGCCAUCUUUCCUCGAAGCUGCACAAUUGCACGAUCUCAUGCUGCAAGUCAAUGAUCACUCGAUAGACAAGAUUGAAGGAGAACAUAUUGUGGAGAUGAAGGACACCGAGAUAUCAUCGGUGCAGCUCAUGUUCCCACAAGAUCGGAACCUGCACGGGAAGGUGUUUGGCGGUAUCUUGAUGCGUCUUGUGAGUUUCCACGAGCUGUGCUUUACCAACGCCGCCCUCUUCGCUUCCAAGCCAAUGCGCUUCCAGUCCCUCGACCAAAUCACCUUCCUCCUUCCCGUUCCUAUCGGCGCUGUACUCCAUCUGACUAGCAAAGUCGUCAAGACCACUCGGCCGAAUCAGGGUCGAGACGGUGAAGCCAAGGCCCAUAUCCAGGUCAAGGCGGAAGUCGAGGAGGUCGAGACUGGACUGAGAAGAGAAACCAACACCUUUUACUUUACCAUGGCCAAGGACGAUUCGGAGCCUAUUGGGCGGACGGUUGUUCCCAGGACAUAUAACGAGGCUAUGACAUAUCUCGAGGGGGAACGACGGCUUGCGCAUGGGUCCGAGACUAGGAGAUUGUACAGCUCAGGGAAGUAG